UUGUUUAGUUUGAUCAUUUUAGAUCUUUUAAAUAGUUGCUUUUAUGUUCCAAUAGCUCCUUCAAAUGGCUCUUUGCACAUCACAAGAAAGCAUGUGGGAGUGUUUUGGACUUAUUGUUUGCAAGAGGAGUUCAAAUGGCCACUUUUUGAUUAUAAAGUGAAUAAACAGAAUAAGUUACCAAGAAAGACAGUCGUAAGAUCUGAACUUGUGGGAAGUGCGACCCCUGAUUUGGCAUAUCCACUAUCAGUUGCAGAAACUAAAUUAGGGUCGAAAGUCAGAGGAAUUUGCUUUUAUGCUGUUACUGCUAUCACUGCCAUUUUUUUGUUUGUGCUGAUGUUGAUGCAACAUCCUUUUGUUCUCUUGUUGGAUCGAUACCAAAGAAAAGCACAGUUUUUCAUUGCCAAAAUUUGGGCGAGAUUGACUGUCGCACCGUUUCUUAAAAUCAAGUAUGAGGGAUUGGAGAAUCUCCCAUCUUCAGAUGUUCCUGCUGUAUAUGUUUCAAACCACCAGAGUUUUCUGGAUAUAUACACGCUUCUCACUCUUGGAAGAAGUUUUAAGUUUAUAAGCAAGACUGCUAUAUUUCUAUUUCCCAUCAUCGGGUGGGCUAUGUUUAUGCUGGGUGUCAUUCCCCUGAAGCGUAUGGACAGCAGAAGUCAGUUGGAAUGUCUAAAACGUUGCAUUGAAUUAGUGAAGAAGGGAGCUUCUGUAUUUUUUUUCCCAGAGGGAACACGAAGUAGAGAUGGGAAAUUAGGCACUUUCAAGAAAGGUGCGUUCUCCGUGGCGGCAAAAACUGGGGUGCCUGUAGUCCCUAUUACACUUAUGGGGACUGGAAAAAUCAUGCCACCUGGAAUGGAAAGUAUCUUGAACUGUGGGUCUGUGACAGUUGUUAUUCAUCGGCCAGUAGAAGGAAGUAAUCCUGAACUUCUAUGCAAUGAAGUUAGAAAAACAAUUGCAAAUUCACUGCAUGAGCAAAGUUGAGAAAUCUCAACUGCACGGUCUGUUUAGUUUAAUUGGAUUAAUGGUAUAAGGUGCUUGAGCUUGUAUGAAUCAGCAAUUUUGCUCGAGUGGCUGAAGGUUAGUGCAACAAAUGUUUUGGUUCUGACUUCUGAGGCUGCAGUUAUUGAAGGAUAUAUAGCUACAAGGUUAUUGAAAUAAAUUGACAUGCUAGCCAUUACUCUUACUGGACUUGGAUACGAUGCAGAGUACAGAGUUUGUGCAAUAGCGACUUGCUCUCCAAAGAGGUGAAUCCAAGGUGAUGCUAAUGACUUUGUGAGUUCACUAGUGAAUAGUUGCAUGAACCUAGUUAUGCUGCAAUUUUCCAGACGAUGUUACACUAAUCGAUUUUUGAUGGAUUCUGAUUUUAUGUUUGAUAUCCUAACCCAUUUGUUUUCAUAUCUUUAUAUUACUGAUCAAAGGAAAAUGCUCAUGCAUUCAAUUUGUACACGAAUUUUGUUAGAGGAAAAUAUAUUUGUUGCUUAUGUGUUGGAAAGGGAA